GAAACUUGGUGCAAACCCCGUUUGCGAUGAGAGUUGCGACCAGCACACGACAAAAAGACUCUGAAUCAGAAAAGCGAUGAAGAAAACGAACGCCUCUGGAGGCCCAUGCACACUCAGGAUUGCGGUCGUCGGCGGUCCUCAGUAUGAUCGGCUCUAUGAAAGGCUAGCACUCUUUGAACGGGAGACCGGACACCAUGUCGAGAUCGUCUUUCGCGGUUCCCAUCCAGAGCUCAAUGACUAUCUGACCUCGACUUUUCAGCAAUAUGAUCCAGCCUUUUCGGCCGAGUCACCGAUCCCAGAGCCAGACCUGGAUCUGGUGUCAACACACAUCAAAUACGCGCCCUCUCAGGCCUAUUUCUUGCAGGACCUGGGUGACGAUCUCGUCUCAGCGCAAGAGCAGAGCGAAUUCCUCGAAUCCGCAAUGGAAGCCUCCAAGGUUCAGGGCAAACUGAUGCAGUUACCACGAAUGGUCGAUAGCAGAGUCUUAUUCUAUCGCGCGGAUAUCUUUGAGCGACUCGGGUUGGCCGCCCCAAGGACAUGGCAGGACCUCUUGACAGUUGCGAGCAAGGUCCGGAAGGCAGCGCUGCCAACACCCACGAACGCUUCAGGCCCAGGAACAGAUGUCAUACAAGGAUAUGUCUUCCCUGGCAAGCAGUCGGGACUGUUUGGGACGUUUUAUGAGCUGGCCAUGAUGGAGAUGGAGCACUCAGAAGCGUUAUUUGAUCAACAGAGUCGGCCAGUCUUUCAGGAAUCUGUAGUUGCGAACGUGCUGAGGUACAUGCGGGAGCUAGUGACGUCCAAUGCAGUUCCGCAGGACAUUGAGGAAUACUACUUUGACGAAGUAUCAGCGCUGUUCUCAGAGGGAAAAGUAGCCAUGGUUGCGGAUUGGCCCUCGUUCUACGAGGGAAUGAAAGCAAAGUUGAAAAGCCAAGAGCCAGACGCUAGAAUCAAGGUGAUGCGAUACCCAGUGGGCGCCAACGGGAAGCGAUCGGCCUAUUCGGGUAUGCACUCCUUUGCAAUCCCCAAGAGCUGUCGACACCGUGAAGAGGCUGCGGAAUUGCUCAAGUUCCUGGUGCGAGACGAUCAGCAGUGGAUCGAGGCAUCCGAGUCUGGCAGUUUCCCGACCAAGAAAGCGGCCUUGCAACGGCUCUUGCAGGAGACUGAGGCGAAAAACGUGGCAGCAAGUGGGGGCUCAGGAUCAGCGGAGCAGCAGUUGGAUAGUGAGAGACUGAACUGCCUUGUGGAGACGGUACAGAACGACAUGGCGAUGUUUCCGCACUUGAGAUCAUAUCCGGAGCUGGAGGACGCGUUGUACCCAAUGAUCCAGGACGCGAUGAUGGGCCGUAUAUCCCCAGAGGAGGCUGCGCGAAGGAUGCAGGCUAGGGCCAUGCAAUCGGUGUAGCUGUAGACGAAUGAAAUAAAGCGGACAUGCAAAAAGAGCAGUGACUUUAUACAAUUCGACUACAUGCUAUGGAUCAUAUAGAGUAUCGAUGUCCCUCCUACUGGUGGUGAAUCAGGUCGUCUUCUUUUGCCCCUGGAUAUGAAAAAGAAAAACCAUUUUAGAGCAUGUGGUUAUUAGGGGAUGUGAAGAUAGAGGAUGUGACAGGACCUGGCGGUGAGGGCGAUGG